AUGGAGAAUGCACCUGUGGCAGCCUCUUUAACUCAUCAUUUGUCCGAUUUUGAGAACGUUAGCAACCCGGCUCGUGAAAAGACUGAGGUCACUUUGACUUCGCUUCUUACUGAGACGGUUCAUCCCACCUUGGUUGUCACCACAGCCAUCACUCUUCCUGCUAUCCCACCAGUAGCAUCCUCAGACACACCAUCUUCACAGACUGUCCCUUCAUCCAUAAAGACCACUGCAUCGGAAAGUACUACCGUUGAGACGACUCCAGCUCAGACAAGUCCAGUUCACACGACUAAGUCUCAAGUGGCCAGUGAGCUAUCAAGGUCAACCACUGAACUCCCCACGGCAACACCAGAAACUUCGUCUACUCCAUUGGCCAUGGCAACUUCCUCAUCCCAGCAGGUUAAUGCAACACCUGUUCUCGAAGGAUCGACCAGCUCUGCUACGAGCAUCAUGGACUCUGUCAUGACUUCAAUCUCUCCAACCGCCGAUUCUUCAUCCAUGCUACAGCCCUAUGUGCCAUCUUUCUUGACUUCCAGUCAUCAUUCCUUGCCAAAUGCGACGCCAAUCGCCGCGUCAUCUGCGCGUGUAACCUCUCGUGUAUCUGGGACUUUCAUAACUUCAACCAGUCCCGUGCCCGUGCCGACUUUGGUUGCAGGAUCAAACGAUACUACCAAUACUGCAUCAGCAAAGGGCAACCGCAAUCAUCAUAACCUCGGAGCCAUCGUUGGUGGUAGUAUCGGGGCAGUCGCAGCCUUGGCAAUUAUUAUCAUGGCAUUUAUCUUUUUGAAUCGUCGCAGACGACGCGCUGCACCCCACACUCGUGAAAACAGUAGACAAAGUCUUAUCCGCAAUGGCAACAGCAGGGAUUCAAUCAGCUCUUUCAACAGCCCGUACCCGCGUGAAUAUCCCCAGUCAUUCUCCUAUCCUACGCGCACUAUCUCUGUUCCACCAGCCCUCUUUUCGCCGCUAGCCCCAACUGUCUCUGCACAACAGAGCUACCUAAACCCAGCGAUUAGCCAGUAUGAUGUGACACAUACAGUCUCAAAUCAGGACCUAUCGCUCGACAGGGUGUAUCUUCGCCAGAUAAUAAAGCCCGACAUCCUGGAAGAUGACUACGCGGACCUCGAACGAAGCCCUGUCUCUCCAAUCAUCGAGAUAUCUCCUCCAUCGCGCUCUGUCUCAAAUUACUCGCGUUUAUCAUUGGAAGGUGACCGCUCUAAUCGUGGCUCUGAUCUCCCCAACUACUACGAGGUAGUUUUUCCUUACGGGGCUGAAGUGGGAACCCAUUUCUCCGCAGAAAGUACCUUGACUCUCCCGGAUACGCACAGCAGUCGUUCUUCCAAUUUUCUUGAAAAGCCACAGACCCAUGACAGUAUCCGCAGUGAUCCGUUUGACCUGGAGAUAUCUGUGUCAGAUGUGGAAAAUGAGAUACCUCUGCCCCCUCCCCCGGCCUUGAUCACCCGAAAAUCCCCUUUCUAA